AAUUUGAGAGAAAUCAACUCAUUUCGAAUUCAGAAAUCAAACAGAAUGGUCAAGCAUUUGUGGAGUGCGCUAAGUUUGAUUUGCGUGGCGACGCUGAUGGCGGAAGCUGCCAUCAACGACAAGUGGCACAACUUGGGUGAUUUUGGUACAAUAUUCGUCGAAGAAGAACAAAAGUACAAUUGGUUUGAGGCCUGGGAGGAAUGUGCCAUGAGAAAUAUGACCCUAAUAGACAUUGAUACGGCCGAAAAAAAUACAAUUGUUGACAAGGUUUUAAGGAAUCCUUUUGAAAAAUGCCCCAAUUUGUGGCUGGGUGGCAACGAUCUCGGUUUGGAGGGCAAAUUCGUGUGGUCUUCGACGGGCAAACGUUUUGAAUUCUCCAAUUGGUCAAAGGGCCAGCCGGACAACUACAAGAGCAACGAACACUGUGUCCACUACUAUACCAUAACCGAUUUCGAAUGGAACGAUGCUCCAUGUACCUCGAAAAUGGGUUUUAUUUGUGAAGAAAAUCGUUUCCUGCGCGAGGCUCGCCGCGACUUGCAAAUUAAGAAAAAUUUCAUUGAUCAAUUGUUUGCAUUGUAGUUUUUUGGAAAUUCCAAGCCAUAUAUAUGUAAGAUAAUUAUUUUAUAAUAAAUAUAAGAAAAUAUUAAAUACUUAGGAAGUGUCAAAUGAAAAUAAUAAAUUAAUUUAAGAAAAAUUAA